UUUUGUAAAUUUGUAAUAUUUAAUUGUUGAAAGUGCUUAGUGCACUGUUAUGUCUUUCACAAAUAAAAUAAAUGGCAGAAAAUAGACUAGGGUUUCUGUACAAAGCUGCUGCCGUACUGGCGCAAACGGAAAAUAAAAGUUAUGAUAUCCUCAGAAGCCACUACUUGAUGAGGUGUCCUGAACUAAGAUCUUCUAAACAAAUUUCUAGUGGUCGUUUAAGUAAGGAAAGGUGUUCUUAUUGCUGUUUGGCAUGGAAAAAAGAUGCAAAAUUAAGGGUAAAUCCUAUGAAGUUGUCUAGAAGGCAGAAAAAAAGACUGAAGUCUAAAAAGGACAAUACUCAAUAUAAUUCAAAGCAAGUGGAAAGAAUAUGUUCUUUGUGUGGCCAUACAUCUGUAGUGCAUGUUCUCAAAUUAGAUGAGAAAAUAGAAAGUGAUAUUUCAAUAGUAGUAAAGGAUGAAAUAACAAAGAAACAAAUAAAAGAAAAAAGGGAUCCUAAACUGAGACCUUUAAAUGUGUACACUAACAUUAGAGAAGUGUUUUCAAUAAAAAAUGAGAACAAUAAGAUUACACCAGAGAUAGUUCCAUCAAAAAUUAGAAACAACAAAAGGAAAAAAGACAGAUUUGCUGGUUUGUGUCAAAAAGCUGUAAUGGAUGCUGCUAAAAGAAAAAAUGAAGAUGAAAAAAAGAAUACAUUAAAUUUAUUUUUAAAACCAUCAUCAUUAUCAUAAAAUACAUUACGUUUGAACAUAACAUUAUUUUUGAUCUUGUUGUUUACAUAAAACUAUAAGAUGAAUGUCCAUAACAUUAGUAUUUGUAUGGCCAGUAAUAAUGUGUAGUUCACCCUUCCUGAAGUUUUUAUAAAAAUUGUAUGAAUCAUU